AGAGGAGACACUUCAUCACGUCAGCUAUACACUCCCAAUGAACGGCACUGCUUUUCAGCUACUUAACGAAAUAAGGAAGUAACUAAAGAAAAAAUUAAAGGGAAGUAGAUGAGAGAAACUAAAAAACAAUAAUUCAGAAGAGAAGGUAGGUUGCCUCUAUGUUCAGUUCAUUCCCCGGAGGGCAGCUGGCAUUUGCUGAGCACCAGGGAGACAAGCCAGGCAGGCAGGACAUGCGGCUGCUCCCGGUUCUGUUCCUUCUCAUCGUCCAAGGCCACUUCUCCACUUCCCAGGAGAAUACAGUGAGAGGCACUGCAGCUGGUACACUGACCGUAUCCUGUGGGUAUAAGUCAGGAUGGGAAUCUUACAGCAAGUGGUGGUGUCGUGGGAAGAACUGGCAUUCCUGCAGAAUCCUUGUUAAAACCACUGGGUCAGAGCAACUGGUGACAAAGGGCCGAGCGUCUAUCCAGGACAAUCACAGCCGACAUAUAUUCACCAUGACUUUGGAGGAUCUCUGGUAUGAUGACGAAGACACCUACUGGUGUGGGAUUGAGCAAACCGGUAUUGACAUAGGGUUCAAGUUUUCCGUGAUUGUCAACCCAGCCCCUGAUCCAACAGAAUCUCCCAAGCCUGUGGCAAGAACAAAAUCAGUCAAUCGAGAUUCCUCGCUUUCAUUUACCCAGGGCAUCAACAGCAGCCAGCCCACUGUUCUGAUCAACCCCCACAGCAGGUCGGGGACAUUGGCCAUCAAUGUAGCAGCAGAGAAUCUUCCUGUGUGGACCCUCCUGAUACCUCCUCUCUUUGCUACCCUCGAGUGUCUCUGCCAAGGAUAAAUGACUAUUACAUCAUUCAGGACUCUGGCCAAUGAUGAGUUUUCCAAUUCGAGAACAACCAAAAAGUAGAAAACUUCAAUUAAAUCAAAAAGUUUCAUAAUAUGUCCACAUGGACAAAGACCCCUGAUGGGCCAGCUGUACGGAGGCCUGACAAUUCCACCUUCUGCUGCAUCAGCACCUCACGGAAAAGAAUUGCCUGGGUGUAAAAGAUUGAAGGCAGGGUUGGACUAUCACCUGACCCACAUCCCAUCUGUUUGC